AUGUUUAGCAACGGGCGCGCACGUAGUGGUAUCAUCGUUCUCCCGUGUGGCGCGGGGAAGACCUUAACGGGCAUUACAGCUGCCUGUACACUGCAGAAGAGCACCGUGGUGCUCACAACUUCUGCUGUGGCAGUCGAACAAUGGAAGAAACAAUUCGCGGAGUACACGAGCAUCGUUCCUGACAGGUUAUUGACUUUGACAGCAGAAACGAAGCAGCAACUGUGGCCUCUAGACUCAGCUGGCGUCCUCAUCAGCACUUACACCAUGCUGGCGUUCUCUGGGAAGCGCAGCACUGCUGCAGAACAAAUCAUGAUGCAGAUCAAAGAAAGAGAGUGGGGACUCAUCAUCUUCGACGAAGUUCAAUUUGCACCCGCUCCAGCGUUUCGGAGGAUUAACGACCUUGUCAGGGCUCACUGCCGCCUAGGUUUGACUGCAACGCUGGUGCGUGAGGACGACCUUAUUAAAGAUCUCCAGUGGAUUAUUGGUCCGAAGUUGUACGAGGCGAACUGGAUUGAUUUGCAGAAUCAGGGUUAUUUGGCAAAGGUGUCUUGCCAAGAAGUGUGGUGCCCCAUGACUGCCGAGUUCUACAGAGAAUACCUUCGUGUACCGCAUGCCAAGCAGAGAAAGUUGUGGGUGUGCAAUCCGACGAAACUGAUGGUGUGCGAAUUUCUCUUACGCUUCCACGAAUCCCGAGGAGACAAAGUCAUCGUCUUUUCAGACAAUGUCUUUGCACUCUUGCACGUUGCUCGAGCCCUCAAUAGGCCUUUCAUCUACGGGAAGGUCUCUCCUCCAGAGAGAAUGGCAAUCCUCAGCAAAAUGAGAGCACGUUUAACACCCUGUUUCUCUCCAAGGUUGGCGACAAUGCAAUCGACAUCCCCUGCGCGAACGUCGUCAUUCAAAUCUCCUUCAACUUCGCUUCCAGGUCAGGAAUAGGCACUGCAACGCAAGGGACUGGAGCGACAGCUAAAGAGCAGUUUUUAAAGCGCGUUCUUGAAUUUUCCAGGAGAAGCGUGCACCGUAGUGGAGUCCAAGUGUCCACCUGCACUUUUGCGAGAAGAAGCCCAUGGCGCAUGCAUGCAGGCAUGCAUGCAUGCACGAGCGACGAGUCAACGCAUGCAAAAGGGAGACUGUGAGGUGCGCUGUGUUGCGGUGUACGUUCUGCACAGACGCCAAGAGGCUCAGCGUCUGGGGCGUAUUCUGCGCGCAAAGCCUCGGGGAUCGGAGGAGGAAGGCGGUUUUAACGCAUAUUUCUACUCCCUCAUCAGCAAAGACACUCUCGAGAUGGUGUAUGCCGACAAGCGCCAACAAUUCAUCAUCGAUCAGGGGUAUUCCUAUAGAGUGCUGCAUUGUCGAGAUCUGCCCUUGGAGCCUCAGACGCUGGUGUACGGAGAUCGCGAGCGCCAGCUCGGGGUUUUGCGAGAUAUCAUGCUGACGGAUGACGCCGACAGGAGUCUCGACGACGAUGAAGAUGAGGGCACCUACCUGCCCUCCACGCAACAACAGCAGCAGCAGCAGCAGCCCACAGCUAGGCUCGUAUUAGGCGGGCUUGCCGGACUCUCAGGCAAGCCCAAUACAAACACAAUAGAAAGUUAUUGA